AUGCCCCUUGGCCCAAUUAUUCCCGGCACCGGGUUGUCCAAAAACGAAAUUGUCCGGUCUGAAUAUCUGUCCAAACGGGCCGGAUCUCAUGGAAUCCAUAGUACCAGGCUCGAGGUCCAUGAGAACGGCGCGAGGGACAUACCUGUCGCCGCUGGCCUCAUUAUAGUAGACGUUGAUACGCUCGAGCUGGAGUUCGGAGUCGCCGUUGUACUUUUCGGAGUGAUCGAUGCCGUGCUCGUCACAGAUGACCUCCCAGAACUUGGCGCCAAUUUGGUUACCACAUUGGCCGCCUUGAAUGUGAAGGAUUUCUCUCAUUUUUGCUCCCCUCUUUUGCAGAAAUCAAUGUGA